AGAAAAGAUGAUGGCAGCCGGCAGAACGUGAAAAAUGAAAAUAUAUUGUUUAUUUGUUUAUAUAUUAGUUUGAUUUUGAUAAUCUUAACUUUUCAACUUUCAAGCAGGCGCGUGAAUUCAAUAAUUAUUGUAAAAGAACUAUAAUCAAAUAACAAACAUAACCAUGGCUACUAUGCCAGUAAAUCCAAAACCAUACCUUAAUGGUCUUAUGGGUAAAACCAUAAUCGUUAAGCUUAAAUGGGGUCACGAAUAUAAAGGAUUUUUGGUGUCCACUGACAAUUAUAUGAAUAUACAAUUAGCUAGUGCUACAGAAUUUGUGGAGGGUAGUGAACCAGCUCUAUUGGGCGAAAUUAUGAUUAGGUGUAAUAAUGUUCUGUACAUUAGAUCAGUUGAUGAUGAAAAUGAAGAGGCUGAUACUGAGAUGAAAGAAUGAAUUAGGUAAUAAAAACUCAACCAAAUUUUCAAAAUAAAUUUAACUUUAUUUUUAAAUAUAUAUAUAUUUAA